UGAGAAGAGGCCUUCGUAUUCAAGUAGGUUCAUUUUGAGUUGGUAGCAUAUCCUAUAAGAGGGAAAUAGACUGAGAGUUAUUAGAGGUAAAAAAAGAUAGAUUAACAAUAACGUCAAACAAGUAUACAAACAGAUCCCACGUGACAAUAGAAAGUUACAACAAACGUCAAACAUAGAUAUGAAAGUAAAAACUUGUUUACAAGAAACUAAAUAUGGUUGAAGAAAAUAGAGAAUUUAAAGAUGAGGAUGAUAAUGAAUAUAAGUUCUUAAAACAAAAAAUAGACAGAGAAGACUACAUGAAAAAAUUGCAAAUAUGGCUGGACGAAGCAAGGUUAUUGCAUUACAAUAUCUGUUCUUAUAAUUUGGCAGAUGUCAGAGAAAGCUUUGGUCAGCGGUUUCCGAAUCCACUUAUUAAUUUACAAAACGAAAAUUUUCAAAAUGUGCUCCAUCAAAGAUUUUCGUUUCUGGCGAGUCAGAAUUUUCAAAAUCCAUUCCUUCAAACAGUUGGACAGCCAUCUCAAAGAACGAUACCAAGUACUUAUGAAUUUGUUGUACCACCAUUAUGGAAGAGAGCAGCAGCAGAGCUUAUGGAUUUCUUACUACUGUUAUUAUUUAAAGUUGCUAUGACCUUUAUAUUAUUGGAAAGUUUUGAUAUAGUAGAUAUGGGAUUCUAUGGCAUUGAAUUUUUCCAAAAAAAUUUAGAUAGCUCUGAUGGCACUCUACCUAUGGCUGUGGAGCUACUUACAUUGGAACUUUUACAUCGUAUGAUAGUAUGUGUGUAUGAGGCCUAUUGCUUGAAAGGAAAAUUCUGUGCAACACCUGGCAAAAGAUAUAUGGGAUUGAUGGUAGUAACAGCGGAAAAUAUAACACCUGUUCCCAACAGGCAAUUUGAAACAGUUUCUGUAACAAGACCAAAACCAUUGGGUUGGCAAAGAUCAUUAAUACGUGCUACCUUAAAAAAUCUAUUUGUAGGGCUAUUUUUACCAUUAUGUAUAGCUUUCUAUAUUUUUCCCCACAACAGAACCAGUUAUGAUAUUGUGUCUAAAAGCUUAGUUGUGGAAUACCACCACGAAUUUAUGAUCUACCAUUCUACAUUGUAGUUGUUUAUCAAAUAGGCCAAAUUCUAUGUGAUAUUGUUUUAAAAUGUUUUCUCUAUUUUAUCAAUAAACAUGCUCAGCCCAUAUUGUAUUUGUAUGUAUAAACAGUAAGACACUAUGUUGGUAUUUACAUAAAGCAGAACUAUAAUAAAGGUGUAUGUGGAAAA